AUGUUACUCAUCAAGCACAUGAUAGUGCAGAACAAUCUGGAAAACUCAGACCUGGGAACUUCAGCAAGUCUUCAGUUCCGGGAGAAGAAGAUUGAUCACAACAGCUACUGGAGAACUACCCUGGAUGAGAAGUCAAGACUUUUAGAGUUCAAAGGUCCCUGCUAGAGAUUCUUCCCCAUCAACAAGAUCUGGGCUGAAGCCAACAUACACUGCCCUCAGUUUACUGCCAGUAGGAAAUCUGCCAAGAUGGUCUCCAUUCACAGCUGGGAGGAGAGUGUCUUUGUGUAUGACCUGGUGAACAGCUGUGUUCCUGACAUCCCAGCUGACACCUGUAUGGGCCUUCGUGUCCAUAGACAGGAAGGGCAGUUUGAAUGGUCCGAUGGCUCCCCUUAUGGCUACAGUUACUGGGACAGGAGCCAGCCUGGUGAUGGCAUCCAGAAGACUGAGCAGAUAGUGGAGAUGCAGUGGCUUUUACUGCAGUGGAUGGAUCUUCACCCAGACUCUCUGCUUCUUCUGUUCCCAGCACUCAAGUCCUGGAACCAUAACACCUGACACAGGAAGUUCCCCUUUGAGUGUAGAAUUCCUUCCGCCCUAGACUUGCACAGCAGUCUGGGUAGCACCAUCUCUUCAGUUGCUGGUGAGGUUCCUCUGGCGUGGUCACAACAUGGCAAAUGUCGUUAUAGUGGAAGCACGUUGAGAGUAUGA